ACGUUUUUUUCCUUAACUCGCGUGCGCUCAUGGAGCAAGUGCUUGAUUUGCCCAGUACGUUGGAGGCCCCCGUCAGACGUACGUCUGCGACAGGAUGGAUCCGCAGCAUGGCAGACUCUUUGUCUCUGUCUUGCCUUCGACAGGAAAAGGAGAUCUAGCGUUGUGAGAGCUUGGCAAGAUGGCGACCGAGGCGAAGCUUUUCGGCCGCUGGUCGUACGACGAUGUCAACGUCAGCGACCUUUCGCUCGUUGACUACAUCGCGGUCAAGGACAAGGCCUGCGUCUUCGUGCCGCACACUGCUGGACGCUACCAGAAGAAGAGAUUCCGCAAGGCCAUGUGCCCCAUUGUCGAGCGUCUCGUCAACUCCAUGAUGAUGCACGGCCGCAACAACGGGAAGAAAACUCUCUCUGUGCGCAUCGUCCGCCACGCCUUCGAAAUCAUCCACCUGAUGACGGACAAGAACCCCAUUCAGGUCUUCGUCAACGCUGUUGAGAAUGGCGGCCCCCGUGAAGACAGCACUCGAAUCGGAUCUGCUGGUGUUGUCAGACGCCAGGCUGUUGAUGUGUCUCCCCUCCGCAGAGUGAACCAGGCCAUCUACCUCAUCUGCACCGGCGCAAGGCUGGCGGCCUUCCGGAACAUCAAGACCAUCGCCGAGUGCCUUGCGGACGAGAUCAUGAACUGCGCCAAGGAGUCCUCCAACGCUUACGCGAUAAAGAAGAAGGACGAAAUCGAGCGUGUUGCGAAGGCAAACCGAUAAACAGUUCUUGCUCUCUGCCUGUUGGAAACCAUGUUCUUACGAUGGCUGGGCUGUUUUCGCGCAUCCUCGUUUGACGUAGGUUAGUGACAUGCUUCUACUCCGUGCUUCGUCAGUGAAAACUUUGUGUUGCCGAAACAAGCAAUCUGCCUCUACUGGGCAACUUCCUCUUAACAUGUUCAAGGUCGACUGACCGC